CCUCUCUCUCUCUCUGUAUGUGAACAGAUGAAAUUCGGAGGCUGUGCUCCUGAAACGCGAACCCAGCAGCGGUGAGAGAAGCGCUCGGCGACACCUCUGCCCGCACAACAUGGCUACAAUUGUCACCACCAGGUUUACGGAAGAUUACCAGCUUUACGAGGAGCUCGGGAAGGGUGCCUUUUCUGUGGUGCGCAGAUGUGUGAAGAAGUCUACUGGCCAGGAAUAUGCUGCUAAAAUAAUCAACACGAAAAAACUGACAGCCAGAGAUCACCAGAAGCUGGAGCGAGAGGCCCGGAUCUGCCGUCUUCUCAAACACCCCAAUAUUGUCCGACUACAUGACAGUAUUGCAGAAGAAAGUUUUCAUUACCUGGUCUUUGACCUUGUGACUGGAGGCGAGCUGUUCGAAGACAUCGUUGCCAGAGAGUAUUACAGUGAGGCUGAUGCGAGCCAGUGCAUCAAUCAGAUCCUCGAGAGCGUCAAUCAUAUUCACCAGCAUGACAUUGUGCACAGAGACCUCAAGCCUGAGAACCUGCUGUUGGCCAGUAAGAUGAAGGGAGCAGCAGUUAAGCUGGCUGACUUUGGACUGGCGAUUGAAGUACAGGGGGAGCAGCAGGCAUGGUUUGGCUUUGCAGGCACUCCAGGCUACUUGUCUCCAGAAGUACUGAGAAAGGACCCUUAUGGUAAACCUGUGGACAUUUGGGCCUGUGGAGUUAUCCUCUAUAUCCUACUUGUGGGCUAUCCUCCAUUCUGGGAUGAAGAUCAGCAUAAACUGUACCAGCAAAUCAAGGCUGGAGCUUAUGAUUUUCCUUCUCCUGAGUGGGACACGGUGACCCCUGAGGCCAAAAACCUCAUCAACCAGAUGCUGACCAUCAACCCAGCCAAGAGGAUCACCGCUGAGCAGGCCCUCAAGCACCCAUGGGUCUGCCAACGGUCCACAGUGGCCUCCAUGAUGCAUCGGCAAGAGACUGUGGAAUGCCUGCGCAAGUUCAAUGCCCGGAGAAAACUGAAAGGAGCAAUCCUCACCACUAUGCUGGUUUCCAGAAACUUUUCAGUGGGCCGGCAGCAUACCAGCCCUGCUGCUCCCACCACCAGCACUGCCGCGCUUGCACAGGAAGCAUGCAAAAGUUUACUCAACAAAAAAUCAGACGGUGUUAAGCCCCAGACAAACAACACUAAAAACAGUGUAGUGAGUGCUGUAGUGAGUGCCCUGAAGGAGAGCAACAUGGCCUCCUCUACACCAAUGGAGCCACAGACUACAGUAGUGCACAACCCAGCAGAUGGUACCAAGGGCUCCAUGGAGAGCUGCAACACCAACGAGGAAGAGGAUAUGAAAGGUAGGAAAGUGGAGAGUGCUCAGGGGGCCAGCAGUGACAGUGCGGUGAUGAGUCAGUGCAGUGCCGGGGACGAGCCGCCCGCUCUGGUGGCAUCACCACAGUGUCCACCAGCCACUGUGGUGCAUGACAUAAAGCGCAUGGCGUGGAACAGUUCAGGACAUGCCUCGUGCCCAGAGUUAGAGCGUGCUCAGUCUGUUCCUCAUGCCUCAGCUCAGGGGGGCAGGAGUGUGACCACAGCCCAGUCUCGUAAGCAAGAGAUUAUCAAGAUCACUGAGCAGCUAAUCGAGGCUGUGAACAAUGGAGACUUUGAGGCUUACACGAGAAUCUGUGACCCUGGCUUGACUUCAUUUGAGCCUGAAGCUCUGGGUAACCUGGUGGAAGGGAUGGAUUUCCACAAGUUUUACUUUGAGAACUUGUUGAGUAAGAACAAUAAGCCAGUGCACACCACGAUCCUGAACCCCCACGUGCACCUGAUUGGAGAGGAUGCAGCGUGUAUCGCCUACAUCCGCCUGACGCAGUACAUCGACAGUCAGGGCCGCCCGCGUACCUGCCAGUCCGAGGAGACGCGCGUGUGGCACCGUCGUGAUGCUAAGUGGCUCAAUGUGCACUUCCACUGCUCAGGAGCACCAGCUGCACCCUUACAGUGAAGCUUGCAGGGCAAAGGUUGCCUGGAUUCCUAACGAUGGGAGUGUUGGUUCUUUGUGGCCGGAUGGGCAUGUAGAGGCCGGAAGGAUGACAGCAAGUUACAGACACGCUAUUGAAGAAAUCCGAUAACAUCCAGUCCAACUGUCAACACCACCUUACCUGUCCAACCUUUGACCACUAGGAUCUGGCUGCGGCUUUGGCCCCGCCCACGGGACGGUGCAUGCAUAUGAUGCCCACACGGGGGUGCUGUCUAGUCUUUUCCCAUGGAAUCAUCUUUUUUUUGCCCAUUAAAGAUGUCCAGAAGGUGUUGUAAGUACUGAUCUAUGAGUUCAUGACUAUACUGUAUAUUGUAAAAAAUUGCUAGAAGCUACAAUGGCGUUUGUAAGGCAUUGAUAUGCAAUUAAAAUGCAACUGGGGCGUAAAGGGGGAGGGUCGAUACACGAGAUAAAAAAUCUUCUCCUUUAAUUCAAGGCUGAAGUUUAAAUAGGUGUAAUGUAAAUCCUCCAGAUCGUACACUUUUUUUUUCUUUUGUGGAGUUGGGAUACAAAUUAUUUAGAGAAUUAAGGAAACAUGCCCACGAAUCAAGAAUGUCCUAAAAUUCUGGAGCGUAUAGGCGUACUUCAUAUCAAGAAGCACCAAAGUGUAGUCUUUAAGCAUUUAAAGGAGUGUUUCUUGGCUUUUUUUUUCUGUUCUGUUUUUAAACUAAGGUCUGUGGGAAGGUUUGUGUGCUUCUGGGGUUUUAGUAUUCUGUGUUACUGUGUUUAUGUGGAAGGUUUUUUUUUUGGUUUUUGAUUAUCAAGAAGUAUUUUGUGUUAAGCAGUGCAUUUUUAUGGUUAGUUUUCAAACCUUUUUAACAUAAUACACUUGUAAAGAUAUACAAAUAUAUAUAUUUAAAUGAGAUCAAGUGAAAUAAGGUUCACCGUCAAGGUGCAGCAUAUGAUUAGACUCUGUUUAACGUGUGUUUAUGUGCAUGUGUUUGUAUGGACAUGGGAUUAAACACACCACUGUUCUAUUACUGGAGGUAGCAGCGGUCUGCCUCGAACUGUGUGCAUAUUGGAGAGUGUUUGAGAGCCCAUGUGAACAGACAUAGUGCUAUACAAUUGGCACUAAACGCUAGACGUACAGUAGUGCUGCUGUAGAGUUUGACUUUAAUCAUGGGAACAGAGGCUCUGUUUCAUACACAGCCAUGUGCAAAAAGGGAACACACACACAUACACGUGCUGAUCAAAACCCCAUUCCCAAAUCAGAAUGCGCAGCAGUAGCAGUCACACACGGCCUAUCUUACGGAAAUACGAUUGAAAUUUUAGCGUGCAGAGAGAGAACUAGUCUAUUUGCGUCAAAAUUGCACGUGAAAGACAGCCAUACGUGGGUGUGGAUACAACCCCGGUCCAGUCAUAUCUCGAACAUGCACACAAUCACACCCUUGUUGGAUGUUUGUGCUGUUCUCCUCAUGGUGGUCUGUCAUCACCCUGUCUUACACAACUGUGUUGUACUUGUAGUUCACACCGGUGAUGAGUUUGUGCACUCAUGUCUUAAUGCUGUGUUGCGCGCACACACACACACACACACACACACAGCAUGCCUAUUAAUCCCUCCAGCAUUUCCUUGGAGUCCUAUGUAUAUAGUAGAAAGACAGGGUUUAAGGCACUGGCUGUUCUAAAUCAUUGCAGCACAAUUGGCCUGUUCUGAUCUUGGUGACCGGCGUUAUUUUCAAAAUGCGUUCCUUUUCACCACACUGCAGUUCACGCACUAGAUCUGAGUAGGAUUUUACUAAACAGCCGCGUGUCGUGACGUUUUCUGAAACAAAUCCAUCCCAUAAGCCGACUCGCCGAUCGUGUAUUUUCUAAGACGGAAGAGUUCUCAGUCUGUGUAUAUGCACAUGUGUAGGGCUUUGGUACAUAUCAGCACUGUAACUCUGCACGCGUGAGUGUGUAUGUGUGUGUCACCUUCAUCACAAAGCCCUCUUAGUGACACUUGUUUUAUCUUUUGGUUUUUGAGAGAAUUGCUUCUAUGCUUGGGCAAGUCAGUGUUUUGUUUUUGUUUUUUUUUUUAAUUAUCCUGGUAUUCAAAUUUUUUAAAAACCAGUUGAGAGGCUAUUUUUCUGUAUGUUGUCAGUUACUUUAACUCUGUAGAAUCUGAAAAGAAAAUACAAAAUGAGGACACAUUAACGGAGAUAGGCUAGAUAGAUUUCUAGAACAGAGGUCCAUCCUCCUAAAGCUGGGAACAAAACCCUGAGCCAGCACCUUCUGGCUUUCUUAUCCGAUCCAAGGCAAGUCCAAAUAUGCAGCUUAAUUAAUAUGAUGAUUAUGCAUGUUCUCUUUUCUUGGUGAAUCUUUUCUCCGCCGUGUGAUUAAAAUGGGAAAAAUUUGUUCUUGUUGCAUCUCUGACAUGAAAAUCCCUCCAUCUGGAGAUGAUGAAUAGGUGAUGUACCAUCUUUAAAAAAAAAAAAAAAAGGAAAAAAAAAGAAAAAGUAAUAACAAACAAAAAAAAAAGGAAUCGAUAACUCAGCUUUGUAUGCUCCCCUCAUUGAGUAAAUCUCCUGCAUUGUAAUGGUAUACUAUCGGGCUACGUAUAUGAAUGCUGGAUUUUGCAUGAUCAUACAUUUAAUAAAACCAUCAACUGACAACCA